CCGCCGUGUCUUUCUCUUUCCUGCAAGCUGCACUGGGAGAAACGUGGACAGAAAAUGAGUAAAGUUUCCAGAGACACGCUCUAUGAGGCCGUGCGUGAGGUCCAGCAGGGCUCCCUAGCCAAGCCACGCAAGUUUGUGGAGACAGUGGAGCUCCAGAUCAGCUUGAAGAACUACGACCCCCAGAAGGACAAGCGUUUCUCUGGCACCGUCAGGCUGAAGACCACCCCCAGGCCCAAGUUCUCUGUGUGCAUCCUGGGCGAUCAGCAGCACUGCGAUGAGGCCAAGGCCGCCGACCUCCCCCACAUGGACAUUGAGGCCCUCAAGAAGCUCAAUAAGAACAAGAAGCUGGUCAAGAAGCUGGCUAAGAAGUACGAUGCCUUCCUGGCCUCUGAGUCUCUGAUCAAGCAGAUCCCACGUAUCCUUGGGCCUGGUCUGAACAAAGCCGGCAAGUUCCCUUCCCUGCUCACCCACAACGAGAACCUCACCACCAAGGUGGAUGAGGUCAAGUCCACCAUCAAGUUCCAGAUGAAGAAGGUGCUGUGUCUGGCGGUGGCUGUGGGCCACGUCAAGAUGACCGAGGACGAGCUGGUCUACAACAUCCACCUGGCGGUCAACUUCCUGGUGUCCCUGCUGAAGAAGAACUGGCAGAACGUGCGCGCGCUCUACAUCAAGAGCACCAUGGGCAAGCCCCAGCGCCUGUACUAGAGGCCCAGGCUGCUUUUACUGCCAAUAAACCUGACAAAACCACCAA